AUGCUUGCUCUCUGGCAGUGCCUGGCCCUCGCGGCCAUCCCUACAGUAUCAGCAAUCCCAUCCGGUUCGUCUCAGAAGAAGGCGUUCGACUGGGACUCGACGAAAUACCUGUUGGUGUUUCCCUGGGCAAAAUCGUUCGGUGAUUCCUAUACGUACGUGCAGGGAACUCACGGACACCAAAACUAUAGCUUCAUCGGGGAUCUGCAGAACUUCGCAUAUGAUGCUCAGACCCUAUUAACGGAUAAGAUCGUUCAGAACCAGACAGCAACGGCAGAAGGAGGCCCCAACUGGGUUGAAUACCUCACCGGGUGCGGGGUAGAAGAUGGAAUCAUCUCACCCUUGGACUGCGAGAGACAACUCUGGGACUUCGCGUUCGCGGGAUCUGAUAUCUCCGUUGCAUACACCCCCCUCCACCACAACUACACCGUCUCCCUCGUCAACCAAGUCACCCAAUUCACGAUUUACGGCCAGCCGGUCCUCUCGCGGCACAUCUCCGCGCCGCAGACCCUUGUCGCCAUCUGGAUCGGGAUCAACGACAUCGGCGACAGCGCCAAAUACGCCGUCGAUUUCCCGGCCUUCUACGACACCCUCAUCACCACCCUCUUCGCCUCCGUCCAGGAGAUCUACGCCCAGGGCUAUCGCUCCUACCUGUUCGUCAACCUGCCGCCCCUCGACCGCACCCCGGGCAACCAGGCCCUAAGCCAGCCCUACCCGAACGCCACGCAGGUCGCCUGGUACAACGACGCGCUGGCCCGGCACGCCGCCGCCUUCCACCGCAACCACACGGACACGGCCGUGCACCUGUUCGACGCGCACCGGACGCUCAGCGAGAUCAUGGACCACCCCGCCGCGUACGGCAUCGUCAACACCACCAACUUCUGUCCCGGGUACGACCAGCCCGAUAUCGCGUGGAACUACCGGGCGUAUGGGUGUCCGACCCCGCUGGAGGAGUACUUCUGGUUCAACUCGGGGCAUCUGACGAGCCAUGUGCAUCGGAUUCUUGCGGGUGUGUUGGAGGGGAAGCUGAGGGAGUGGUCGAAGUGAGGGUGGUCUGUCGUUAAUUGGAGGUGGGGGGGAAACUCAUUGAUGAUCUAGUGGAAAAACGUCAGCUUCAAACUAUGGUUUGUAUGCUUUUAGUUCAGACUGACGCAGGUAAGACUCCGUAGCAUGAUUCAUCAUAACAAUCCCGGACCUGUAUGCAUUUAAGUUGGGUGUAUACCGCUGGUAUCUGCUUAGUAGUCCUCGUGUAUGUCUGUCGUAUGGGGAAGACAAAUAUGCCAUCGCGUG